GGCAGCUGUGAAAUGUGCACCUUGUUACCUUGUCACUAAUUUCCUGCCGGGGAUUCCGGAGCUGCUGUCAUUGGAGCCCACAGGGCUUCUUCACUUGUGGGGCAUGGGCACUCAUAGCUGCUGGCUCGUGUGCGUCUAGCAUUAGGACCCGAAAGGGAAGGGCUUGUUCCUAUCGGCUGUGGUUCAGAAAGUCCUAGGAAAACCUCUGCUCACGCCUGACUCAACGUGCCCCUUCUCGAGGAGUAAGGCAGCCCUUGGCUGGUCCCUGUGAGCCCGCGGACACCACCAGAAAUGUUCUCUUUCAGUUGCGGGACCCUGACCCUGAGCCUGACCCUGGCCCUCUUUGCCCUGGUCUGCUGUCCAGGGUCCGGUGAGAAGGCAUUCAAGGUACAUGUGAGACCAAAGAAGCUGAUGGUUAAGCCCAAGGGGUCCCUCGAGGUCAACUGCAGCACCACCUGUAACCAGCCUGAAAUGGGUGGUCUGGAGACCCCUCUAAAUAAGACUGUGUUGGCCGAGCAGACUCAGUGGAAACAUUACUUGAUCUCAGACAUCUCCCAGGACACGGUCUUCCACUGCUACUUCAUCUGCUCCGGGGAGCAGGUGUCAUCGAGUUUCAACGUCAGCGUGUACCAGCCUCCAACGCAGGUCAUCCUGACGCUGCAGCCCACGUGGGUGACCGUGGGCAAGUCCUUCACCAUUGAGUGCAGGGUGCCCGCCGUGGAGCCCCUGGACAGCCUCACCCUCUUCCUGUUCCGUGGCAAUGAGACUCUGCACAGUCAGACCUUCGGGAAGGGAGCCCCUGCCCUGCAGGAGGCCACAGCCACAUUCAACAGCACGGCUCACAGAGAGGACCGUCACCGCAACUUCUCCUGCCUGGCCGUGCUGGACUUGCUGUCUCGCGGUGGCGACAUCUUUCACAAACACUCAGAACCGCAGAUGCUGAUUAUCUAUGAGCCCGUCCCGGACAGCCAGAUGAUCAUCAUCAUCUCGGUGGUGUCAGCACUGCUGUUCCUGUUUGUGACAUCCGUCCUACUCUGCUUCAUCAUCAGCCAGCACUGGCGCCAGCGGCGGACAGGCACCUACAGGGUGCGAGCAGCUUGGAGGAGGCUGCCUCAGGCCUUCUGGGCAUAGCAGGCAUGAGUGGCGUGGCUACCGCCAUGGUGGCCACUGGAACUCAGUGUGGCUCCUCAGAGUUGAGGUCCAGCUCUGGGCGAAGGACUGUGACAGGCAGCAGAGGACUCUAGGGACAUCGCCUUUUCUAGCCUGAAUACACACUCCUGGACU